AUGCCGCUGCCUCCAGCAACAGGAACCGGGAGGUAUUAUGCAAUUGCGGCGAAAUCCAUCCGUUUAAUUCGUCAUGGAUGCACAAAUAGACCAUUCUUUCAUAUAUCAGUAACUCACCGAAGAAGGUUAAAUAGUCAGCCAGUCAUAGAACAACUGGGUUCCUAUGAUCCGAUGCCUAAUAUGAAUAAUGAAAAGUUGGUUGCAUUAAAUUUGGAUAGAAUAAAACAUUGGCUUGGUAAAGGUGCUCAUGUAUCACCGCCGGUUGCAGAAUUGUUAGGUCUAUCGGGCUUCUUUCCCAUACAUCCUCGUUCAUACAUGACGGCCUGGAGGAAUAGAAGAACUGAAAGAGAGAACCAGGCUAAAGAAAAAGCUGAGGGUAGUUCAUAA